AUGAUUCCCCUAAAAGCCAAAAUAGGUUUAGCUAUCGUAGCUACCUACUCAACUUUCACCAUAUAUAUCUCACUGCGAACGAAGUACGAGAUUUAUAAGCGUGAAAUAGGUAUCAAAGAUCUUCAGAACAAGUACUCAUCGCUCACGGUGGGAGGACGAUUCGAAAAUCCAUUUUCUGAGUACCGAGGUCAGACGCUAUUUGAGUUUGCAUUUUGUAGAAUAUUGGAAUUGUUUGAAGGUCGAACUAGAGGUGGGCUUCCCAACAGUGAACCUGAACUUCGAAAACUCAUCCCGCUAGUGAGACCUGAUAUGGAUCUGUUGAGGAACAACUCCAAUGGUCAUGAAAAUGAAAGUGGAAUCAAUCUAAAAGAUCAGCUCACCUUCACAUGGCUGGGUCAAAGUUGCUCAUACGUGCAAAUGGGUAAGGUCGGAUUUCUAACGGAUCCUCUGUUUGAAAAUUUUUUAGUCAAUAAGACGCUUGGUCCAAAAAGAAUCACUCCAUCACCGGUAACUUUUGAGGAGUUGCCCCGUACUGAUUAUGUUUUGGUUUCACACAACCAUCCUGAUCAUCUUGAAGAAUCAUCGAUUCCUAAAAUCGGGAAUAACUCGACCUGGAUAGUGCCACUAGGUCUCCGAAAGUAUCUGGCGAAAAAGGGAAUUCACAGAGUAGUAGAAAUGGAUUGGUGGGAAACAUAUCAAGUUGAUAACGCCCUGACUGUAGUGUGCCUUCCUGCCAUGCAUUGGUCUGGAAGAAAGAUACUUGACACUAAUCACUCUUUGUGGUGUUCGUUUUUAGUUCUGCAUUCAAAUAACCCAGUAUUUUAUCACGCGGGUGACACUGGUUACACGUCAGAACUUUUCAAAGUAAUCCAAGCUAAAUAUGGCCCUGUUAAACUUUGCAUGUUACCAAUAGGGCAGUACUGUCCCACCUGGCAUCAGAAGCCAAGGCAUAUUGAUCCUAACGAAGCUUACCAGAUAAUGCAAGACCUGAAGGCAAGUAAAAUGUUUGGCGUUCACUGGGGAACGUUUGUUUUGUCCAGUGAACCCUUUUUAGAACCAAAAGAGAAACUCCAUGCUUUGGCCCAGAAACUGGAUAGAGACAAUGAUAUAAUGACUCCGGUGUGUGGCAAAACAUAUAUUUUGGAUAUGUCAGCUUCUGAAAAUAAGAACGAAGCAAGAGACUAUCAAGACAGUACUAUACUUGGCUGA